CGCGGCCUGCUCCGAGGCUCGGCCCGAGCCGGGCUGCUGCUGCGCGGAGCGGGGCUGCGGGCGGGACGCCGGCCCCGGUGUGUUGGGGAGUUCGCUGCGAAUUUUGUUCUCGGCUGGUUAGAGAGAAUUGCAACGGCGCUGCGUUAUGUGGUCUUUUGUGCGAGCAUUUACGGCGCGGGUUUGUUUGACCGUUAUUGUUUUUUUUCACCUGUUCGCAGAGGUUUCUGCACAGCUGGAGGUGAUCGGCGUGCGGUGUCUCUUUGCCAUCCCAGCCGGGACGGGGUGCUGAGCUGCCCACGCUCCAUUUGCUCCCCUCCCGCAUUCCCAGCACUCAGCGUCUCUCUGUAGCGCCCAGGAAGGGUCAGAGGGACCCUCUGAGCUUCACCCCCUCCCGUGCGUCCUCCGAGCUGGGACAGUCACAGCUGGGUUAUGAUAGCGUAGGGUCCUAGGAGGUGUUCGCUGCCGGGGCCGACAGCCGUGUACGUCCGUCGUGUGUUUAUCAGGCAUUGCUGUGCCCCUCUUUGUGCUUCGAUGUUGUUCCUGCAGACUGAGGCGGCCUUAGCCUUGAGAUGUUCUGAGGUGAAGCCUCAGUUUGAGCUCUUGAAGGUGUAAGAUAAAUACAGAACAUUCUGGUUCGUGAUGUGCUUCUGUGAGUGAGUCCCAGGCUUCAGGCCUUGCAGCCCCCAGGUGCAGAGAUGGAAAUAAAUGACCCAAGUGUCACUGGAACCCUGGGGAAGGUCAUCUGUGUGUGUGGAAAUCUAUUUUGGGUUGAAAUAGGAUACCUCACAAAUGGGUGUCCCCAGUUAGAACUGCUGCGCAGCAACUCGAGAGCUCCGUUUUGCUCCGUCCCAGACUUCUGUUCCAUUCAGGUCCAUCACAGCUAAUGGGGCUCUAGCAGCUGGUGCAGGGACAGCUGUGUGGAGAAUGGGAGUUGCAGGUGACUCUUGAUGAACCUUUGUUUGGGUGAAAGAUGACCCUGAAUCUGUGUCUGCUUGUGACUAAUGUGUGUCCAGGUCCCUAAUCAUGUGUUCUGCCAUUGGCUCCUACUUUUUUUGACCCAAAUGUCAGUAGUGUGUGCAAACAGCCAUGCUGUGACUUGAGAUCAGAGUGAUGGAGCAGAACCAACCUGUGUGGAUGAGUUUCCAGCAGCACCUGCUCUGAUUUGGUGGGAUGUCUCCUGCGCAGUACAGGAACAUACUGAGGUAGUUGGUGUUUGUUUGUUCCAGUUUUGCCUUAGCCCAUGCUUUUGAUGCCAGCCAGCUGACUUGUGCAGUUGACACAAUAGAGGGGAGGGAUGCCAUCCAGAGCGACAGGCCAAGUGCAAGGUGUUGCACUUGAGUCAGGGCAAUCCCAGAUAUGAGUACUGACUGAGAGAAAAACUCCUCGAGAGCAGCCCUGUGGAGGAGGAGUUGUGGUUCUGGAGGAUUAAAAGCUGACAUGAGCCAGCAGUGUGUGUGUGCAGCCCAGAAGGCCAGCAGUAUCCUGAGCUGCAUCAGCAGAGGGGUGGCAGUUGAGUAAAGGAGGUGAUUGUCCCCCUCUGCUCUGCCCUUGUGAGGCCCCAUCUGGAGCACUGCGUCCAGGCCUGUGACCCUCCGUACAGGAGGGAUGCGGAGCUGUUGAAGUGAGUCCAAAGGAGAGCCACAGAGACGAUCAGAGGGCUGGGGUACCUCUCCUGUGAUGAUGGGUUGAGGAAGUUGGGCUUGUUUAGCUUUGAGAAGGGAAGGCUCCAGGGAGACUUCAUUGCGAUCUCACCAACUUUUUCCAGUCUGAUCGUGAUAGGACAAGGGGGAUGGCCUUGAAAUCUUAAGAUAGGUUUAGGUUAGAUGUUAGGAAAGAAUGUUUUUAUUCAGUGAGCUUCUGGAACAGUUUGCUCAGAAAGGUUAUAGAUGCUCCACCUCUGGGAGCAUUCGAGGCCAAGGUGGAUAGGAUCCUGUGCAGUCUGAUCUAAUGGUUGGCAACCCUGCCCAUGGCAGGAGAGUUGGAACUAGAUGAUCUUUAAGGUCUCCAUUCUGUGAUGUUCUUCUCUGUAGGACGAGCAGGUUGGUGCCAAAGCACAGGGCUUACAGUUGCGAGAAGAACAAUGAUGCUCUUCUUUCUCCCAACUCCAUCUAGCCUCAGAAUCUGGCCUGGCUCCCUGCAUUUUGGGGCUUCUACAGCACAUACAUCAGGCACUGGCUACUCAUCUGCCACCCACUCUUGGUCUUGCUUCUUGAAAAAGAGCACGGAGAAGGAGAGCACUCUGUGAGCUCAGUGUAAUGUGUGGAUUUCUGGAGCUGCACUGCUGUGUGUGUGUCCCCACCGUGACGCAGCAGUGCGGGCGGCUGUGUCACCAGGGCACAGUGCUCCACUCCAAGCAGAUAGUGAGGCCAGCAGGAAAGUGUGCCUGGGAUCAUCAGAGAUGAGCAAGCAAGGAAACAGUUGAGAGAGAGCACAAAGUAGAUGUAAAGGGAGUGCUUAGGGGCUGCGGCACGGUGAGGCCUGGCUCUGAGCACUGUGCUGGGGACUUCUUGUAUGACAUGGUGCUGUGCCUGCAAGUCACGGCUUCCAGCCUGUGCCUGUGGGGCUGGGCAGGAAGCCGCCACUGGUGCGUGCUGCAGUCUUUGUUCUGUGGCUGUUCUGUGUGGAGUGGAGCGUCCUUGCACACAGAAUGCAGGGAGCUGGGGUGACUGACCCACGUGGAGCCUGCCUGAUGCGGGCUGCCCUUGGAGCCAUGGUUGAAGCUUUGCUGCUGAGGGACUGGGGGUGGUUUUGCUGCUUUUCAGGAAGGUCAGCUUCUGAUGUUCCUGAGGCCGCUUCAGAGUGGGAAUCUCUCUGUGCCCCGGGCCAGUACUGCACUCGGUGAGUGGGCCUGAGCAGGGCCUCUUCCUGCCCAGGACUGCGUCCGGCUUCCCCAGGCUGGGAGCAGGAAGUGCCCUGCUGCUGGGAACAGCCUCCAGGGAAUGUGCUUUGAGCAGUGCAAAAAAUGCGGUGCUUGUUUUUGGGGCUGUGCCCAGAUUUACCCUGCAGGGGGGUGGUGGGGCUCUGGGGAGCACUGGGCCGUCCUUGGUUGUCAGCUGAGUCCUCAGGCACUGCCACACUGCAGGCAGGUCAGCGCUGUGGUGUUUGAAGAGAACUUCCCUAAAACAACAAGCUAUCUAAUGGAUGUAUUUAUAGAAUCUUGUUCCUUAAUUUAAUCUGCUUUUUCACUGUUUGUUUUUUAUUUUUAAGUUCAAAGGUGUGAUAGCAAAGAAACUAAACUUUGCAGGCGCCCGAGGGGGAGCUGAAAUGUAACUCAUGGUCUGCAUCAGCCCGAAGCUCUGCUCUGACCUGUUCCGAGUUCAGAAAAACAUUUACCAAGCACGCAGGCCGGUUCCUGCUGCUCUGCGCCAGCUCCAGCUGCAUCCCAGUGCCCCGCGGGUGAGAGCUGCCCCGCCGUGCCGCACAGCUGGGGUCAGCCGGGUGCCAUCCUGCAGGGUGCCAUGCUGGCUGGUGGCACCACCAGCAGGAGGCUUCGUGUGGGCCCUGACCGAGUGUGUGUUGGAUCAGUCCACAAUGCCUGAAGUGCGAGAUCUCUCCGAUGCCUUGCCUGAUGUGCCAAUGGAUCCCAUCACAGGCGUUGGCGUGGUUGCGUCCCGGAGCCGCGCGCCGACAGGCUAUGAUGUAGUUGCACAAACAGCAGAUGGCCUGGAUGCUGACCUCUGGAAGGAUGGCCUGUUUAAAUCCAAGGUCACACGAUACCUGUGCUUCACAAGAUCAUUUUCAAAAGAAAAUAGUCACUUGGGAAACGUCUUGGUUGACAUGAAGCUCAUUGACAUCAAGGACACCUUACCUGUGGGCUUCAUCCCCAUUCAAGAGACUGUUGACACACAAGAAAUAGCUUUCAGAAAGAAGAGGCUGUGCAUUAAGUUUAUCCCUCGAGAUUCUACAGAGGCAGCCAUCUGUGAUAUCCGAAUCCUGGGGAGAUCAAAGCAAGCCCCUCCUCAGUACACGUUCAUAGGGGAGUUGAACAACAUGGGCAUUUGGUAUCGGAUGGGCAGAGUUCCCCGCAACCAUGAAUCUUCACAGCCUGCUGCUCCUUCCCAAGCUCCAUCUCCAGCACCAGCUCCCAACCUGCCAAGGCAUAUCUCACUGACGCUUCCUGCUAGCUUUCGAGGCAAAAGUCACAGCCGCCUGGACUUGGAGCACCAGCACUCAAACCUGUAUGCCAUAUCAGCAAUGGAUGGAGUGCCUUUCAUGAUCUCAGAGAAGUUUGCCUGUGCUCCUGAAGGGAUGCAGCCAGUUGAUCUCUUGGGCAUCACAAUCAAAAGCCUUGCAGAAAUUGAAAAGGAGGGACUUUCUGAGCGGUUCUGGUGGGACGCAAAGGCUGAAAUCAGGUACAGCCUUUCCUGUGCUCUCAAGCUACCUGGGAGAGCGAAGGACACUGCAAGAGAUGUGACUGAGUUCAGGCACAGGACAUAAACCAUGGGAGCAGAGGAGUCACUGGCGGUCGGACCAGGAGCUGUGAGCCUUCUGAUGAGCUGCAAAGCUGGCUGCUCCUGGCUGCCUGUGGCUGCAGAGGUGAUGGCAUGAACCUCAUGAAGGUAAUUUGCUUUUGUUUGUGUUGGUUUUUAUCCUUGUAAACCAAUCUGAAAUGUCUGCUAAAUUCUAUGCUGCAAAGUAAAAAAAUCAGAAGUCAAAAUAUCUUGACUUCAGCAUUUUCUGGAGGGGAAAGGACCAUACAUGGCAAAUACACUGCUGCGCAGGCAGCGUUCCAAGUGUGUGUGGCAAUGAGUUCAGUACAAUAGAUGCAGGCAAAGUUAGUGGAACAACUCAUUUAUCCUCUAUGAAGUGCUCAGGCAGGGCCAGGAGCAGCUGGCAUUGCAGCAGUGUGCAGCAGGUGACAGCAGUGUGCAGCCUGAUCACAGCAUGCAGCUUGUGGGACUGUGGGGCACCUUGCAACUACAGCCACAGAACCCAUCUGCAGUGAUCUGAUAGCGGGGAGAGCCCUGGGCCUCAGGCAAGGCCUUCUCUUGGAGGGAGCAGUAGCUCUGGGGCUUGGUGCUGGCACAGCAUUGGGGUUUGGUGCUGGUGCAGAGAUUCUGGUAACUGUGUGGGCACAGAGCAACCCUGCUGGGCUCAAGGCUCCAUGGUCUCAUUUUUUACAAAUAUUAUAAACUGGGAUUCUGCAGAAGUAAACAGGGUUUUAUAAUCAGCUCUGAAAUACGGCUGUAUUUUAAGAGAGGCAGUUAAGGAUGGAUGUGUGAGUUACAGGGAAGGUGCAAUGCUUUUACGACCCAUGCUCUGCUCUGUGUGGCCCUGCUUCAUGCUCUCUUUGUCAAAUGCUGCUGCUGGCGAGCGAUUUAACAGCAGCGGGGGAAUGCGACUGGGAAGGCUGCAGCUCCAGUACCACUGCCAGCAUGGUCUGCAGGGCAGAGCUGCCUCCGCAGCAGGGUGAAGGCUCAGAGCGAGGCAGGAUGGGGACAGGAUGAUGCCCAGCAUGGGGAGGUGCAGGCAGCAGUGCAGGCAGUGCACAGCAGGGGCAGGGCUGCUCUGUUGGUUGGACAGGGGGUCCUGGCCCCGUGGAUCCCAGCGCAGGUGGUCCUGGCAGCUCUCUCCCUUUUGCAGGCACCCCGGGGGCACAAUGGACUUCUCGAUGGGGGAGAGGUUCACGUCACACCGUUAGAACUCAAGUUUGUUAUUCGUUCUGCUGUUAUUUUUCUGAACUUGACUCAGCGGUGGUGCACACUGUGACCUCUGGCAUCUUCUCUCACCCCAGCCAAUAUCCCCAUCUCACAUACUUUGAGCGCCCUUUGAAUUAAAGGAGAUUAAUUCCCAAGUUCCCGACAUGCUCUUCAGGCACAUGUUUUUAUAACCUCCUAAAGCAAGUGCCCCUGGUUCCGCCAAACUAGCUCAGCCCUAAGCUGCAGGCACUGGGAGCUACUGCUGGCCCCCAGGAGAGCACCCCGCUGCACGCACCCACGGCCUUCCUGCCGGCUGGGGAUGCAGCAGGCAUAGGCUGGCAGCAGCCGUGGGGUGCGAUGUCACAGGCUGCUGGGCUUUGUGCUGCUGUGGCUUUUGUUGUUGUUUGUUUUCUUUGCCUCUUCUCCCUCCUACAGCUUCAAGAAUUAACUCGCCCUGGGAAUAUCUCCAAAUCCUUUCCCUUCUUCGAAGUGAUGGAUAAGCCAUGUAACUGAUUGCCGUGGCCUCGGAGAGGGUAAACAUCUUCUGCAGCUUAAAAUGAAACUUUCUCACUCCUUGGUUAAUGAGUGUUGAAAGAAGCAUAAAUAGAAAUAACACAGGAUUUCCAUGACUAACAGGAUGACCGCAUCAGUGAAUGUUGUCGGGGUUAAAAAUGACUCAGCUUUUGCUUCCCCAGGGUAUGAUGUUUUAUCCCGCGGCAGGAAGGGCUGCCAGCAGCACUUUGAAGGUCUGGCAGAGCCGCCACGGCUUGGAUCGUGAACUGGGAAGUGUUUGAAUGCACUGGGAAAAAAAGGAAAGUCCUGAACUCUGCUCCAUGUGUGCAGAUUUCGCAAAGAUAAAGGAGCCCACAGCUUUAUCCAGCCAUGCUGACUCUUUUCUUUUCCAAAGCCUUUUCAGAUGUUUUCACUUUUCUGCUUGCUUUGUUGAAAGAUGUAAAAAUUUAAGACAACCACAAAGUAAACAUUUCAAAACUUUCUAUUCUGAAAAUUAGCGACAUUUUCAAAAUCCCCCAAAUUCUGUUUCUGCUUGAUCCAAAAUGAAGAUGUUUGGCAUUUCUUCGGUUGGCGGCAGAUUUUUGUUUGUUGAUAACCUUUCUUCUAUUUUUCCAAGAAAACAGAUCAGUUAUUCAGUAGAAACACCAGAUAAGUCGAUGUCUUGUCAAAAUAAAGCAGGUUUUCCUUAUUAGAGUGAAAUAGUAAUGAACUCAUCUGCUUCCAAUAUUUAUAAAGAGUAGAGAAGCCCAUUAAUUCUACUGCUUGUGAAUAAAACCAUCUGUGAUUUCUUUC